AUGCAGAAGAAAAUAUUUUUAUAUAUUGCUUGUUUCUUCAAUGGAUAUGGCAAAAGCUAUGUAGAAGAUAUACUUGGUUGUGAUUUUCAUACACAUUGGGGAAUAAUUCGUCUAGUGGAUAAGUGUCUUGUAACUAUUGUGGAUGACAUGUUAGAGAUGCACGAUCUGAUAGUGGAAAUGGGUAAAGAUAUUGCUCGGCGGGAGGGUAUCAUAUUAUGCAAUUCUAAUGACAUCUGUGAUAUGUUGACCUCAACUAAUAAUAAGGCAAAUGAAGCAGUUGAAGGCCUACUUUUGAACAUGUCUGAAAUUGGAAGGCUAUAUUUGAAUGAUUCAGUCUUCUUACGAAUGCCCAACUUGAGAUUGCUUAAAUUUUACAGGGAUCGCUCAAAUUUUACUGAAUUCAGAUUUCAAUCAAAUUAUCUAAAAAGUCUUCCUAAGAAGCUGAGUUUACUUCAUUGGGAAGAAUACCCUUUCAGGUCUUUGCCAUUAAGUUAUUCCAUGGAAAACCUUGUCCACCUCAUCAUGCCACGUAGCGAAGUUGAAGAGCUCUGGAAUGGAUCUACGUGUUUGCCAAACUUAAAAUCUCUUGAUCUUGCUUUCUCAAAGCAUCUGAAAAUAGUCCCUGAUUUUUCUAUGAUGACAAACCUGGAAGAGAUCAUUUUUGAUGGUUGUGAGAGUUUGAUUGAGAUUCCAUCAUCCAUUCAGCGCUUGAAAAGACUCGAUUCUCUUGAUCUAACUUAUUGCAAAAAGUUGAGAAGUCUUCCACAAAUGCCGAGAGGCAUAAAAUAUUUAGAACUAGCUAAUUCUGGAGUGGAAGAGUGGUCUCCGUCUUCUAUCCAAUUUCUUGACAAUCUUUUGGUCUUAGAUAUCACCCAUUGCCAAAAUCUUAGAAGUCUUCCAAGAAUUAUAUAUUGCAAUACUUUUAUAAGAAUUGAUAUCAGUUUCUGCCCAAAUCUCAUCAUGUCGCCGCAGAUUAUGGAAAGUUCAGAAGUAUUGCCCUCAUCAAAUAAUGGUAUUGUUGAGUUAGAUUUGAGAGGAUGUAAAAUGCUCAACAGUCUCCCAAAUAGCACUUGCGAAUUGAAACGCCUUGAGAUUCUGAAUCUCCAUGGCUGUUCAUAUCUUGAGAAACUGCCUCCUUUAUAUGGUUUAUGCUCCUUAAAGAAGCUAUAUCUAGAUGGCACUGCACUUGUAGAAAUUCCUCCUGACAUUGUUUCUUUGUCAUCAUUAGAAUUACUGUCUCUAAGUUAUACUCCAAUGGAAGAAUUGCCGUCAUCAAUUGGUUGUCUCUCUUCACUUGUUACUUUGUAUUUGAAGAGAUGUAAAAACCUUAAGAGUCUCCCAAGCAGCAUUUGUGAAUUGAAAUGUCUUGAGACUCUACAUCUCAGUGGCUGUUCAAAUCUAGAGAAAUUGCCUCCUUUAUAUGGUUUAUGCUCUUUACGAUAUAUAUAUCUAGAUGGCACUGCACUCGUAAAAAUUCCCCUUGGCGUUUUCUCUUUAUCAUCAUUGGGAGUAUUGUUUCUAAAUGAUACUCCAAUAGAAGAAUUGCCGUCAUCAAUUGGUUAUGAAUUGAAUUUUUGUAAUUGCGUAAAUUUGGACCAAAAUGCACGUGGCACCAUUAUGGCAGAUGUUAUCCAGAGAAUUAAAGAAUUAGCCAUUGCUAGAAGUUAUGGAGCAUUUUAUCCUCGUUUUUUGGUUGGUUUACCCGGAAGCAAAAUUCCUGAGUGGUUGAGCGGUGAAGGCCCAGGAUAUUUAAUAGAAACUUCGUUCCCUCCUGGUUGCUUCAACAAUAUGUUCCUGGUUUUUGUUUUUUGUGCUAUUCUAGAAUUCAAGCAUCCCGUUUACUUUUGCCAUGGACCCUUAUCUUGUCGAAGCAGUUUCAAGAACAAUAAUGGCUACACAGAGGCCAAUUUUACAAGUGAAUAUUUCUGUUUGGAAAAUACCAUAGAAUCAGAUCAUGUGUUCUUUUGGUGCGAUGGCCAUGACAUUUCCUUUUUAGAUUGGCUCAAACAAAAUUGUGACAUGGAGAAUAAGGCAACAUUCCACCUCGACCCUGAGAAUAUGUGCUCCUACCAUAUGAGAAAGUGGGAAGUGAAAAGGUUUGGGUUCCACUUGUUAUAUGACAAAGUUGAGCCAAACAAAUACAGAGAAGCCAAUUUUCUGGAGCAAUUCAAAGAAACAACAAAUGCCGACAAUAAGAGAAGCAGGGAAGACUUCUACUCCAGUAAUAUCAAUGGCAAUCAGGAGGUGGAAACGCACCCUAAAAGAUUGAGGCAAAAUUUCUUUAUGGAAGAUUACUUUUCAAAUACUCAGGAUGGGAUUAACUACGACGCUACUAUGGUUCCUUCAAGUUCUUCAUGUGAAUUUGCUCCCAAAUUCUACAAAUUUCUUUGAAAUCCGUCCCUACUAAUUGUGGAGAACUAAGGCUUGUGGCUCCCUUUCCCUGUAAGUCACCUCCAUUUUUAUAUUUUUAUAUCCUUUUGAUAUUUUGAUAUAUGACA